AUGAAGACUACUUCCUUGCUCGCCGCUGCCCUCGCGGCCUACACCGCCAGUGCUGAAACCGUCUAUCUCGUCAAUUCCUUCAAAGGCAGCGAGACCUCCAGCGGCAUGGCAUACUACGACAACAAUCACUCCUCGGGGAACCAGGCUCAACCUCAGGACUAUACCGACGUUGUCCACGGAAGAAAUGUUCACUGGGAAGGCGCGACAGUUAAGGGCACUUUCGGCAGCGGCGUCACCUUCACCUCCAAUAUCGUUGCCGACGCAGGCAGCAAGGAAAUUAAUCAGUGGUCUGGCUCUGGAAGUAACGGUUUCAAGGACUUUACUUGCUGGAAAGCUGGUAGUCCACGAGGCAAACCUUUCUUGAUGUACAAGGUGGAUGGUUGGGAAGUCUAUCCCAUCUAUUUCUGCAGGAACAGCAACUAA